AUGGCUUUGUCUGGCGUUAGGAAUUUCUCUAAACAGUUGAAACGCAUCAAAACAAUUGUAAAAGCCGUACGAAAAUGUUGUGCCCGGAAAGAAAAACAAUCGUGUUCACCUUGUUUGCUUUAGGAAUAGUGCUCUCUGUUGCCCAAGCAGAAGUGAACAAAUUGAAUUUGGGGAAUCUUGUUAAGAACCUACUCACGAAUAUGGAACGUGGCACAGUUUGGGAUGAACAUUUACAUUUCUCACUUAUUUUCGCCGAGUUUAUAAUUAAACAAAAGGUGCGUUUUUAUGAGCCGACACGCUUCGAGAACCAAUUAUAUGAGGAAAUUUUGAAACGCAUUGCAACUUUCAGAGCUAAAAUUGUAGCUAAAAACGGCGUUGGUCGGCUGGGUAAUUUGCUGCAGAAGAAUGUGAGAUUGUUGAAGCCAGCUGUGAUUGAGGAUCAAAUUGAUACCGAAUUUGAAUACAGAACACUGAAGCGAAAUUAUGACCGUUUAAAAAAUACUGGAUUUCCAAGCUCAACGCUGUCCGACUUUUGUUUGCUCCACAUUAGCUCUUUAGAAAACUGCGAUGUUAUAGAGGAGUCGUGUCUUGAGGUGAUAAGCUCCACUGCGCCCACAUAUGGCUAUCGGCGUAUGCAUCAAAUUCUAAUACUUUAUGUGCUAAUGCAUCACACUUGUGCCCCGCAAUUCGGUCCACCUAUCGUCUAUGAAAUUCUCUCCACAAAACAUUGUUCGGAAGUUUAUCGUGAACAUCGGCUCUUGGCCAUGUCAUAUUCGCAAGGUCGUCGGGAUUUGUACAUCGAACAAACUGCUUUAUGCAGUCUCUUUGGUUUUAAGGAGUUUCUUAAUAAGGCGGAAGUGCGUAAAAUUGUCUCUUGGGAUAGGUUCGGCAUUUGUAAUUGUGUCGGCGAAAUAUCAUUUUAUCAGGGUUCUAACGAAAAAGACAGAUGCAAGUGUGCAGAUCAUUCACACAGUGUUGCAUUGUUGUUUUAUGUGAAUGCUAUGUUGUUUUUGUAUUAAAUAUGUACAAUAUUCAUUUAUAAUACAUUACAUACAUAAAUACUUAUAUAUAAAAUUAUGCUCUUAAAUAACUU